AUGGGUCGCUGCUCCACUCACUCCAUUCGCCUACGACGAGCGUUAAAAGCCCCGAAACAAGAAGUCGAAGAACCCAGUCGGCCUCGACGCGGUCGUAAACAACAGGAAGGAGAUGGAGUGGAGCAGGGCAGUCCAGGGCCCAGUGUCGCACAACUCCAAGCUGAAAUUAAGCGCAAGAACGAAGAGCUUGCCGCUCAGCAGGAACACAUUCACGAUAUUGAAGAGCAUCUGCGAGACGUUACGAACGAGUCAGCCCCAGCCGAGGCGACCCAAGACACCAUUCCCGUCCCGCCGAACCCUUCGAAGGCCAAGAUGGAUGAUAUUCGGCGGCAGCUGGGAGUCACUAAACGUGAAUGGAACAACAUUAGAACUAUGUGUCGGCACAACUUGGCCAGUGCACGUCUCGACCUUGAUGUACCCUGGAAGCUUCAAGAUAAGCGCAAGAUUGGAAUGGCCAUCAGAGCGACGGAAGACAGCUUUCCCAACCUCAAGAAGGGCUCGCGACACUGGAUGACGUACCGUGUCAUGAAGCAAUGCUGGGACAACAUCAAGAGCUACCAGAGCUGUGUCGACAACGCCGACACUUAUCGUGGCCGCCAAGCAGCUGCUCGUCGGGCUGGCAUCAGCACUAACGCCAACGACGAGGCCACACCUUCUCCUACUCCCACUCCCACUCAUUCCCCCACCCCAUCGCGUCAACCUCGCCCUCGACCUUUGGCCACUUCGGAUGAUGACGAUGACGAUGACAACAACGAAGACGACUUAUUCAAUUUCGAGCAAGAUGAGACACCACGGCCAUCGGAGAAGGCUCUGGGAAAGCGUGUGCAUCCGGAUGAGCGUGGGGGAGCACCUAAGCGGGCGCGCCAUAGCUAA